CACCAGAGUCCGCCAUUGAAAGUGUGGCGGUACCCUGCGCUUUGCGUCGUUUCUACUUACCGAACGUUUAACCACCGUCUUUGUGCAGACGCGAGGAGUAAUAGUUUUACCUUGUAUAUAGCCAGCAGAUUAUGUCGAAUUUGUGCGUUUCUAAGGUGCCACACUGAGCAUGUCCGCCGGGAGGAUCCACAUUAGCUGGCCAGGAAUGCGGUGGGCGGGGCUGCGGGGUUAGUGUCAAACUUUGGGAAUGACAGGAGCGCUGCAAGAUUCACAAAGAAGGGAAGUGUCGCCCUUGUUGCUGCUCUUUGGAGUAAUUUGAAUUCUUUUUACGCCCAGUCUUUGGAUUCACAGUCUUUGUACAGAUCCUGAGGCCUCAACAGUUUCCCGCAACCAUGUCGGAGGACCCGAGCUCCCAAUCUUGGUCCAUCAACAAAGAUGACUAUGAGCUACACGAGGUGAUCGGUAGUGGGGCCACAGCAGUGGUUCAAGCAGCUUACUGUGUUCCACGCAAGGAGAAGGUGGCCAUCAAACGUAUCAACCUUGAGAAGUGCCAAACCAGUAUGGAUGAACUCCUGAAAGAAAUCCAGGCCAUGAGUCAGUGCCACCAUCCCAAUAUCGUGUCUUACUACACCUCCUUUGUGGUAAAGGAUGAACUGUGGUUGGUCAUGAAGCUACUCAGUGGUGGUUCAGUGCUGGACGUGAUCAAGCAUGUCAUUUCACGAGGCGAACACAAGACUGGUGUCUUAGAUGAGGCCAGCAUAGCCACAGUGUUAAAAGAGGUGCUCGAGGGACUGGAAUAUCUGCAUAAGAACGGACAGAUCCACAGAGACCUCAAGGCUGGAAACAUUCUCCUCGGGGAUGAUGGUUCAGUGCAAAUUGCAGAUUUUGGCGUCAGUGCCUUUUUAGCAACAGGUGGUGACAUGACUCGAAAUAAAGUGCGCAAGACAUUUGUGGGAACGCCAUGCUGGAUGGCACCAGAGGUCAUGGAGCAGUUGAAGGGUUAUGAUUUCAAAGCUGAUAUUUGGAGUUUUGGAAUCACAGCCAUUGAACUCGCCACAGGGGCUGCGCCUUAUCAUAAAUACCCUCCAAUGAAGGUGUUGAUGCUGACACUACAGAAUGACCCCCCGACUCUAGAGACCGGCAUAACAGACAAGGAGAUGGUGAAGAAAUACGGGAAAUCUUUCAGGAAGAUGAUCUCUCUGUGUCUACAGAAGGACCCCGAGAAAAGACCAACAUCAUCCGAGUUGUUGAAACAUAAAUUUUUUCAAAAAGCAAAGAACCAUGAAUAUUUACAUGAGAAGUUACUUCAGAGAGCACCCACAAUAACGGAGAGGUCACGAAAGGUACGUCGAGUACCAGGUUCCAGUGGCCGGCUGCAUAAAACCGAGGACGGCGAGUGGGAAUGGAGCGAUGAUGAACUGGAUGAAGAAAGUGAAGAGGGUAAAGCAGCCGCUGCUGCUUUAAGGGAGCAGCAGGUGAAGCCUGUUGGCAUCCCGAGGCGACAAGUGCGCUUCUCGUACCCACUCGAGCUGCCUGCGUCCAGGUCGCCAAGAGUGAAGGAGGGAUCACAGAAUUCAGAGACUCCUGAAUCUUUCAGCAGUCAGCUUCAGACGGUGGCCGUGAGUCAAGCAGAGCUACCUCAGGCUGCAGGUCAGGUUCCACUGCAACCCUCACCUGUCAGCACCCAACCCACUCUCCAGGCUGCUUCUCCCACACCGGGCUUACCUAGUGCUCCCGCACAGGUUCCAGGCUCCUCAGAUGAUGCUGUUCAGGCUCCCAUUAGUUUGGUAUUAAGGUUAAGAAAUUCAAGGAAGGAGCUCAAUGAUAUCCGUUUUGAAUUUAUGCCAGGGAGAGACACAGCAGAUGGCGUCUCCCAGGAGCUGGUGUCAGCAGGCCUUGUGGAUGGCAGAGAUUUAGUAAUAGUUGCUGCAAAUUUGCAGAAAAUAGUUGAUGAGCCUCAAGCCAAUAAAAAUGUCACAUUCAAACUGGCUUCUGGAAUUGAGGGAUCUGAAAUCCCAGAUGACAUCAAGCUGAUGGGCUUUGCCCAGCUCAGCAUUAGUUAAAUAUUUGUUCUACUUAGGACCGUGACUUGCCUAAAAAAAUUUGAAAAACAAAACAAAAAAAA